GAACAGCCUGUGAUCUCACAAUGACCUUUUAUCCGAAGUGUCUCUUUUGUUUUGCUUAAAAUAGAAUAAGUAGAACUCGAAGAGACAAUGGGAUAAAGCGUUACAAAAGGGGUCACAGGUUGAUUUUGCAGUGUUUCAUACUGUUAUUCUGCAUAAUACUUAAGUGUUGAAAAAAAAUUAUGGUAAUUGCUCUAUGAUAAGAAAUUGAAAGAAAAAAAAUUUUUUUUGUCCUAUAUAGAAAAUGAAAACGACAGAAAAAUAAUAAUGAUUAUGUGCAGAAAAAAAAUGGAGAAUGAAAAUAAAAUAAUGAUACUGUGUGUAGAAAAAAAAAAAUCUUAAAAAAUAGUAGACAGCCACAAUGUGUGGAAUGCGAUUUGCAGCCAGUCAUGCAGUUUAGGCCAGUCAGGCUGAUGGCAAAUUACGCCGUUAUAAUACAGGACAUAACAGUGUCGAGCAAGAUACGACACAGACUUGGGUAAAUUCAAAACAGCAGGCCACAAAAACUUGAGUUUUGGCACAUUUUUAAUAGAUGUGAAGGCGAGGGACUCACUAGACCAGAUUUAAAUUGAAGCAUCUGCACUGUAUUCGUUCCCGAAAAACGUUUCAGAAAAUUAUUUUUACAGAUUAUGGACAUUCUAAAGUUCUUCUGUUGUUUGUCUGCAUUAUGUUGUUUGGCAAGUGCAGGGAUUUAUGAAAUUAUCCAAAGUGAAAAUAUUAAGCUCAAUGGAGAAGCCACCCUCAAUAUUACAGUACCAAAUAUGCGAAGACCAGUGGUUUGGAGGUGCAACAAUUAUAAAUAUGAAUGUGACAGGACAUGUGCUAACGGGACUAACUAUAAAGUUAUGCAGAGUGGGAAUACUUCUACUCUUUCGAUAACAAAAGUAACAGAGGAUUGUUUGACCUGGAUGUUUGCGGACUACAAUAUCAACUUUGGAACAACCGAUUUGAAGAUAAGCAAUGGUGCACAAGGAACCAGCGGCCUCAGAACCCACUUCAUCUUUGUCAUCGGGAUUAUAAAUGCUGUCAUCAUUUAAACAGUUUAAGAAAUAACAGAAAUAAUCUCAGAUGCUGGAAGGACACUUUUUGAUAUUUAAUCUGGUCCUAUGUGGGUGGGAAGCAAGCAUUUUACCACACCCUUGCCUGCACCUAUAAUUUAAUAAAUAAGAGAUUUAUUAAAUCUUAUUUUGAUGUACACCAGCCUUGAUAUAAACUUUUACUCUUUAAAUUACUGCCACUUUAUUUAUACUGUCAGCAUCAUCGUCGAAUUGACAUCCAAUUUUCCAAAACUCUGCUCUGACUUACAUAUGUCUAACUUAGAAAAGCAGGGACAAAUAUUUGUCAGAAUUUCUGUGGAUAAUGAUGGUGAUGAUUUCUAUUAUAAUUCACUGCAUUUCUGCCACUUUCAAAAACAACGAAGAAUUUAGUUAAAAAGCUUUUCCCAUAAUUAAGCUCAGAUUUGGAAUAUAAAUUUAAAAAAACUUUGAGAUGGAAGGUUAUAAUUUUGAUCACUUUAACUCUUUUGUUAUAAAAUUUCCGUUUUUCUGUUAAAAUAUACUGCCUACAAUUCAAUAAAGAUUACUAAAAUAA